AAGAAAUAUUAUCUCAUGAAAUCAAACGACCAUUUAAAAUUGAAUGAACGGUUGACCUUCUUAAUGAAAGAAUAGUACCAAUAAAACAAAUGCUAAGCGCGUUACUCCUCCACGCGCCUACUCUCAGUUUGCUCUGCUUUUCGUCCUCCCUUCAGCCUCAGCCAAAGCCCCGCCCUUCCAUGGCUUCCUGUUCUCUCGUUCGUAUCGCCGUUGUCGGAGACGUCCACGAUGAUUGGGACCUUGAAGAAGACACGAAGGCACUUCAAUUUCUCAAGCCCGAUUUGUUGCUCUUCACAGGUGAUUUUGGUAAUGAGAAUGUCGAACUAGUUCAAAAUGUUGCAGCUCUCAACUUUCCAAAAGCAGUUAUUUUGGGAAAUCAUGAUUCUUGGAGCACUCAACAGUUUUCUUCUAAGAAGAAGGAUCGAGUUCAACUUCAGCUAGAAUGUCUUGGACAGGAGCAUGUAGGUUAUAAACGUCUGGACUUUCCUUUACUAAAGCUCAGUGUUGUUGGUGGACGGCCAUUUUCAUGUGGGGGUCAGCGAAUAUUUCGGAAAAGGCUUCUGUCUGCAAGGUAUGGAAUCCAAGAGAUGGAUGAAAGUGCCAAGAGAAUCUAUAAAGCUGCACUUGGGACCCCAGAAGAUCAUCUAGUUAUACUUCUUGCACAUAAUGGACCUACAGGCCUGGGCAGUGAAUUGAAUGACAUCUGUGGAAAAGAUUGGGUGUUUGAAGGUGGUGAUCACGGUGAUCCAGGUAAUUUGUCAGGAUUUGGCUCCUUUCAGUAUCUAGCACAAGCUAUCUCCCACUUGAAACAGACUGCUACCUUCUCUAUUCCACUUGUCGUGUUUGGUCACAUGCAUAAAGAAUUGGCACAUGGGAAUGGUCUUCGCAAAAUGAUUGUAGUUGGUUCUGAUGACAUUAUAUACCUGAACGGAGCCAUAGUUCCCAGAGUGAGACCUAUAAAUAAGACCCCGCUGCAAGCAUCCAAUUCUGAUGGUACCAACAGAGCCUUCACUUUAGUUGAGAUAUCAAAUGGACAAGUGGAUAAAAUUUCCGAAAGCUGGGUGUCCGUUGUGGGGGAUGAGACAACAUUAGAAGAAGAGCACAUACUCUUCAAAUCGAACGGACAGUCUUCUCUGUGAUUGGAUUCGAGUUUGACUACUUACACGCGACAGAAUUAGUAUGUGAAACAAUACUCUGAAUCUUGCUUUCUAAUCAUCCUUAUGUAGCAGGAAUGCGACUUUUAUCUUAACUGGUAAAGAAUUGUUAAUGUGAAAUAUUGAAAUAUAGAGUUGUAGUUCAUACUUUACAUGUCUGAAAUGGGCUAGCUUUCAGC